GUCCUAAGCUAUAAGAUGGCGGUUGUCUUGUUGCAUAUCUUCGUGUAAAUGGAACGGCGAACAAUAUUACAUAACAAGAUGAUAGGAUUGACGAUACUUCUUCUCUGCCCAGAUACUUUUGAAGCGAGGCUUGACCCGAGCUGCUUUAAAGCCGACUUAAGGGCAUUUGGACCUGUCUUAAAAGAAGUUGAAUACUCUUCAGAUAAAGCAUGUAUGAAUAUCUGUAUCGCUACAUCGAGCUGUAUGGCGGCGGUUAUUAGUCCAAAGCAUUUGGAUGUGGCAAUUUGUUAUGUUAUUGGUGAGUACACUCUGUCCGAUGAUAAUGCCUAUGCUUGGUACACUGCAGAAAGACGAUGCUUGGAAACCAAUACAGCUACUAAUACAGCUACUACCCCUGAUCAUAAUCCAGGUUUUACUUUACGCAACAAAAAUGGACUUGAACGGCGGCUUCCACAGCGCGUUCCUAAGAAUAUCGGAACUGCAUGCGAAGAAGGAUAGUGGAAGUGCUCGGACGGUGAGAAGUGUAUUGAUGAGCGCUUUGUAUGUUCUGGAGUUACAAAAUGUUACGAUGGGUCAGAUCAAACAGACUGCUCAGAGAGAGAAUGCCAAGGAAAUCAAAUGGAGAAGUGCGCGGACGGUGAGCAAUGUAUAGAUGCUGGCUGGGUAUGUACUGGAUUUACACAAUGUUACGAUGGGUCAGAUCAAACAGACUGCUCAGAAAGAGAAUGCCAUGAAGAUAGUGAGAAGUGCUCGGACGGUGAGCAAUGUUUCCACCCUUCCUGGGUAUGUACUGGAUUUACGCGCUGUAACGAUAGGUCAGAUCAAACAGACUGCUCAGAGAGAGAAUGCCAAGGAAAUGACAUGGAGAAGUGCGCGGACGGUGAGCAAUGUUUCCACGCCUCCUUUGUAUGUUCUGGAGAUACGCAAUGUAACGAUGGGUCAGCUC